AUGGCCAAGGUGCUGCAGCGCGAGGCCCGGCGCAGGAUCAAGGCGUCGCCUUUCGUGGGGCUGCUGGUGGAGGAGACGCGCGGCAGCCUGGCCGUGUUCGGCACCACCUGCCUCAAGGAGAGCUACCUGGAGAGCGUGCGCGGCAGCCUCCUCGAGAGCUUCCCCGGCAGCCUCCUGGAGGCCGUCAGCUCCUUCUCGGCCAUCUUCAACCCCAAGUGCUACCCCCGCUCUCUGGAGGACGUUGGCGGCUACGGCGUGGGCGAGCUGGACUUCCUCCUGCAGACGUACUCGCGCGUGGUGGAGAGCGACAGGGCGCGCAGCGACUUCCCGCUCUUCAAGCGCAUCGUGUUCAGCCUCGGCCAGCUCUCCUUCAAGGAGCUCUGCGUCAAGCUGGUCUACGGCAGCUCCGAGAUGCACGGGCUCUUCCCGGGUUUCCCCGCCCUCGCCGCCGUUGCGCUGGCCUUGCCGCUGGGCUCCGUGCUGGCCGACAAGCUCCGCCGGGGCCGGGAGCUCCUGGCUCGGGGACGGUCGCACGGGGACGAGGGGCUCUCCGAUGUCAUGAAGAUCGCCAUCGACGGGCCGCCCAUCAAUGAGUUUGACUUUGCGUUGGCCGUCGAGUACUACGAGAGCAUGCGGGAGUCCGGCUUCCUCGCGGCACAGGUGAAGUGA